GGCGCAGCGGCUUUGGUGGAGCGAGCCAUCGAAGUUUGGUUCAGGACUUCGGCGUGGAGAGCCGCUUGGGCUCUCCUUGGGGGUUGGCCUUCGACGAGGCAAACCAGCGUCUACUGAUCGCAGACUCCCUGAACAAUGCCAUCCGGAGCCUGGACUUCGAGACGGGCCUCCUGGAGACCGUGGCAGGGACUGGAGAGGAUGGCUUCGCAGACGGCGGGGCUGCCACCGCGCUCUUCAAUCUGCCUACGGGCUUGGCAUUAGAUGCACCGAACGAUAUCCUGUAUGUGGCAGACAUGCGAAAUCAUCGGAUACGCGCUGUAUCCUUGAGUCCCGGUCGGUACUACCAGGCCGAAGAGAACCGAAGCAGCGGCGGCUUCACUUUUGACACCGUCAGGCUUCAUGGUUCGAAGGCUGAGCUUCCUUGUGCCGUUUCGGCCGAGUCUUCCCCACUCAUGCAGGGCAGCACAGGAAGCGGCUACGCCGAGUUUGUUCUUUCUUUCGAGGACCGCAUCGAUUUCAACGUCGAGGCAACCGCUGGAGCCGGAACCUACGAGCUUCGCUUCCGCUAUGCCGAUCGCUACAGCGAGGUCCGCUCCCCCACGCAGCGUCGCCUGCGGCUGCGAGUGAACGGUGUGGUCGUCACACACCACCUUGACUUCCGGCCCUCUGCCCGUGGGGCGGGAAGCAGGAGUCGAUUCUCUUGGCGGAGCAUUUCAACAGCUCUCACUGCCGGCACGAACCUGGUGCAACUCCAGGUGACGGGCAACUGGGGUCCCAGGAUUGACCUACUGUACGUCCUCCCUCCGGUCCCGUCGGUCGUGACCGUGGCGGGCAGUGGGACAAUCGGUUUGCCGAGCCCAGAUGAUUUGGUUGUACCGCAGACGGCUUCCAGCACAUCUUUCGCGGCCCCACAAGGCCUGGCAUUGGAUCAAACUUCGCAGCUGCUUUACAUCGCCGACAGUGAGAACGGCCGUGUGCGUCGGCUCGAUCUCGGCGCAGGGACGAUCAGGACCAUUGCCGGGGGAGCCAUCAACGACGAGCUCACGGACGGCGUGGCCGCCGACUCGGGGAAGCUCUUCCGACCCCGGGGCCUUGCGCUGGACACCUCGAGGGGAUUUCUCUACGUCAGCGACAGCCACCACCGCAAAGUUCGCCGCAUUGAUUUGGGCUCAGCGCCCCUGUCCGGAGGCACGAUCACCACACUCUCCGGUUCCGGAUUCGACGUGGCUGACUUUGAACA